ACUUCAUCCUGUCAUCUCCAACGAGCGCGGCAUCCCGUCGUCUUGUCACGUCUCGCCUCGCGCAUCAACUGCACGGCACGGCACGGCACGGCAACACCAUGGCUAUGCUGGCGAUAGACUCGGACACGUUCAGCGGGCGCCAUGUCGCGUGGGCCGCCGGGCUGCUGCUGGCGACAGUCGUGGUGCACUUCCUGCACAGAGGCUACCAAGUCCGCAGCAUGUACCGCACCCUCCAGAAGCAGGGAUUCGUGAGUCCUCGUCUGUUCAGCGCAUCAAGGACCGGACACUGACCCAAUUGGAAGCCCGUGAUGGAGCACUCGUGGGUGCUGGGCCAUCUGGAGAUUGUCGGCAAGCUGCUGCAGGAUAUGCCGUCCGACGCCCACGGAAACUACCUGCCCAUGUUGAUCCUCGAGAACUGGCGCACCCUGUUCCCAAACUGCACCCAGCGCCCGCCUGUCGUCUAUCUCGACAUGUGGCCAUUCGCCCAGCCAUUGCUUCUGCCCAUGACGCUCCCCGUCGCCGUCCAGGUCACCCAGGAGCGCUCGCUGACCAAGGCACGCGAGCAAAAGGACAUCCUGUAUCCUCUCACCCGCAACCGCGACCUCUCGUCCAUGGAGGGCGCCGAGUGGAGGCUCUGGCGCAAGCGCCUCAACCCGGGCUUCAGCAUCCAGACCAUCACCGGCCGCAUCCCAGACCUCAUGGACGAGGUCGAGAAGUUCUAUGCCGCCCUCGAGUCGCACGCCGGGCCCAACUGGACCUGGGGCGCCGUUUUCCCGCUCGAGGCCGAGACCAUCAAGCUCGCCCUAUCCAUCAUCUUCCGGUUCUUCUUCGGCCCGCGUGUCCAGGCACGGCUAGCCGGCAGACAGGCCGAGCUCGAGAAUGCCGUCGUGGACAGCGUAAAGCGCAUGGUGUUUUUCAUACACAUUGGCAAUUUCCUCAGCUACUGGGGUCCGUGGCGGCGCUUCAAACUGUGGCGCAACUACCGGACCAUGAUGAGCGGAUUUGGACCAGUCCUCGAGCGGCGCUUGACUGAGCUUACACGGCAGGGCGGCGACGAGAAGCGCACCGACACGCUCGUCGACGCCAUCGUCGAGGGUUUUCAAGCCGACCGGGAAAACGGCGAGCCCAACACCUCCGACGACGACUUCAUCGAGCUCGCCGUCGGCCAGAUUGGCACCUUCAUCUUUGCCGGCCACGACACGACGGCGAGCGCCAUCUGCUGGGUGCUGCACCUCCUGACCCAACAUCCCGACGUCCUCGCCCGCAUGCGCGCCGAGCACGACGCCGUGCUGGGCCCCGACCCGGCCCAGGCAGCCGCCGCCAUCCGGGCCGACCCGCACCUGAUCAACACGCUGACGUACACCAACGCCGUCAUCAAGGAGACGACGCGCGUAAACCCCAACGUCGGCACCAUGCGGCGGGGCGAGCCGGGCUACUUCAUCGCGGGCCCGCAGGGGUCGGGCUACGAGGGCAUGCAGUUCCCCACCUACGGCUUCGUCGUUUGGAGCAACCCGUUCUCGUACCACCGGGAUCCCGAGCUGUGGCCGCGCGUGCACGAGUUCCUGCCCGAGCGGUUUCUGGUCGCCGACAACGACCCGCUGCAUCCGCAAAAGGACGCCUGGCGCUUCUUCGAGAUGGGGCCGAGGAACUGCAUCGGCCAGUACCUGGCCCUGACCGAGAUCAAACUGGCCCUCGCCGUCAUUGUGCGGCAGCUGGACAUUGAGUGCGCCUGGGACGAGUGGGACCGCAAGACGGGAAACAAGAAGGCACGCAGCGUCUGGCAGGAUAGGGCCUAUCACGUUGGGACCGAUUCGCCGCCGCACGUCAAAGAUGGAAUGCCCGUCCACAUUCGUCGCCGGCAGCCGAAGCAGUGAUGCGAGGAGCAGAACCGCAAGCCGCCGAAUCGUGUUGACCCUUUCCCAUAAGCCGUCGAAAAGUUUCUGCAAUUUUUUUGGAUAAUCAGACGUAAUUAUCACGUACCUAGUAGGCUAGGACCCGAACUGUUUAGAAGUUGGGGCUGGGAAUGGGCUGGGAAUGGGCCGCUGUAAUAUUGCUUGCUUCCAGGACGGGAGCCUGUGGUGGUGGCCUCGGAUUCAAAUUUCAGAGCGACCAAGCUCGGUACCGAAUGGCAAUGCCGCUUGUAUGCUCGCAGCCGACAUCCGUCCUCGUGCAUGAACCCUAAAGCUGCUGCGGUCACCCCUGACCGGGCUGGCCCAGAAACAGAUUUUGUUGCCAGACAAGACGUUGCCUACCUUGAUGCUGUUGUCGACAGGCAAUCACACG